UUUCAAGAUACAGCAAAGAAUUCCAAGAGUGAAAAGGUCCAGGAACAAAACACAGGAAAAGUCUUCAAAUAUUUUUUUUCUCACUGGCCAUGGAUAAAAUGAAAGAUUUGAGUCUGGAAGAGACAGUGACUCGAUCAAAGUUUUUUGACCUGAAAGGUAUUCCCCUCACACAACCAAUUGCCAGUGUUUGGGACCAAGUGUGGAAGUUCAAAGCCAGGCCUGAUGAUGUGCUCAUCGCAACCUAUGCAAAAGCAGGUACCACAUGGACACAGGAGAUAGUGGACAUGAUUCAACAAAACGGAGAUACUGAGAAGUGUAAACGUGACACUACUUACAAACGCCACCCUUUCCUUGAAUGGUUUACGCCAGAGCCUCCAUCUGCACGUUACUCAGGUGUGGAGUUAGCUGAAGCCAUGCCAUCACCACGAACAAUCAAAACACAUCUGCCCGUGCAGCUGCUGCCUCCAUCCUUCUGGGAACAAAACUGUAAGAUAAUCUACGUGGCAAGAAAUGCAAAAGACAACCUCGUGUCAUACUACCAUUUCCACAGAAUGAAUAAAGAAUUGCCUGAUCCAGGAAGCUGGGAGGAGUUUGUGGAGAAAUUUGUGACUGGACAAGUCCUCUGGGGUUCCUGGUAUGACCAUGUAAAAGGAUGGUGGAAGGCAAAAGACAAGCACCGUAUUCUCUAUCUCUUCUAUGAAGAUAUGAAGGAGAAUCCUAAGCAAGAAAUUCAGAAGAUUGCAAAGUUUCUAGAGAAGGAUCUGAGUCAGGAGGUUCUAAACAAAAUAGUCCAUAAUACCUCAUUUGAGGUAAUGAAGGAAAACCCCAUGGCAAACUACACUAAAGACUUUGAAGGAAUAAUGGAUCACUCCAUUUCCCCAUUCAUGAGAAAAGGGACUGUUGCAGACUGGAAGAAUCAUUUCACUGUGGCACAGAAUGAGAAAUUUGAUGAAGAUUAUAAGAAGAAAAUGUCUGAUACCUCUCUUGUUUUUCGCAUGGAAUUGUAAUUACUUGCAACUGAAAUUAAUGAUCUUCAGCCUCAUCCAUGUUAUGUAUUUUCCUUUCCUUCACAAAAUGCCACUGUCCCUAAGAUUCCAAGAUCUCUCUUUCACACAGCACUGAUUUUUCAUUACUGGGAGAGUGCCCAUUAUGUCAAAGUUUAAGUCUCCCUGAAGAAAAUAAUUCCACUGGACAAUUCU